UAAAGCCAAAUGUCCGUUGGCGGGGCAUUAUUUCCAGAUUGUGUGUAUACAAGUAGGCCUCUCUACUAUGAACAAGUGGUUGGUGGUUUAAACCUCAGGGAUGUGUAAUGCGUCAAGUGCAAAUGGCACAGGUAGACAUACAAGUAGACAGUCCUUCUACUUAGAUCAGCCAGCCGUUUGCCGCUGACUAGCUUCAAGAGAGUGAAAAUGAAAGCAGAAAGUGUCAGUCUUUCUUGUCAGUACAGAGCCUCUGCACAUCCAAGACUUCUGCAGUCCCUCCUCGUGGGAACCACGGUGACUGUUACCUUGCGGUGUCAGGCUAAACUGUAGGGGAUCGGGGAGCAGCAUGAGCCCCUAGGUGUUGUGUGUAGGCCCACUGGACGUUGGACACGCCCUACCACAACUCCAAUCAUGUCCCAUCUAUGGGUCAAAUAGAAAACUUUAGCAUCGACGUUACCUAACGGUGCAUCAUAUGUGAAGAAUGUGCGACAAAAAUGUGCGUUCAACGUCUUGUUGCGAAGAGGUGAAAAGAAGUUGUUCGAGUUCGGAAGGAAGUUCAUGAGAUGGCCAAGACAUAUAUACACCAUUCGUCCACCCACAAUCUAAAAGAAAUAAAGACCAUAGAAUGAUUUUAAUUAAUUUAAUUAAAUAGGGUCCACCCAACUGAACCAGAGUAAAGCCCCAUACAAUUUACGACUAAGACAGACGGUUGAACUUUAGGUGUAUUAUAGGCCGACAAGCCAUAAUAUGUUUCGGUAAUUUCGACUUCGCCAACGAAAAUUAGGGCAUUUGAGACUUCGCUGAUUUGUUGUACUGUUUGUUUUUGUUCACAUGUUCACCGAGAGCUGAUGGCAGAUUAGGAAACACGAACACGUGGGUUAGAAAAGAUUUUGCAAAUGUUGUAAUAUCUUCUGCAUUAUUCUGUUUCAGAACAAACUAAUGCCGGUACAGUUUAUGAUUUCAACGGCUGAGUUCGUGACCGCUCAUACACCAUUGCAAAUAAGAGCAAAGGCGUACAUGUGUUCUAUCUUGGCCCAUUGGAGGAGAUUCGCUCUUGGAGUUAUGUUUCUGUUCGACAUCACAGAAACAAGGAAAACAAAGAAUAUUGAACUGAUGCGCAUUGAACAGGGGUACAGAAGAAUCGAAACGAAUUGUUCCCCAAGUAUUCCACUUGAGGACAAGGCAGUUAUUAAGAUAAAACCUUCUGGAAGCUUGACAUAUCAAGAGAGAUACCCCAGAAAAUGCUAUCAGCUCCGAUCCAAUAAAAAUGCAUCUACAAAUUGCGCACCACUGAUGUUCGCAAAACGACCAUGUAAUCAAUGUAUUGGUGUAAUAGUAUUUGAGGAUACGAACAAGCGAGUUAUUCACUCAUUUCCUCUAGGCGAAGUUGACGUCGACCAGGGCUCGAGAAGUAAUCAGAAUAGAGAGCACCCGACACUGUCCGAUAAAAGCUUGAAGGCUCUUUGGCGAAGCUUGACCGAGUCUGACUGGCAGCUUGUUGCAAUAGAGCUGGGAAUUCCACAUGUAGAAGUAUGCAGGAUCUGGGAAGGACACAAGGCCAGUCCAGGAUAUUCAAUGCUGCAGAUGUUGAAGGGGAGACGAUCCGGCGGUACCGAUGAUGCGAUGCUUGAUGCAUUUGAAUCAGCCUUGAGAUGUGAAGAACACACUGACAUUGCAGAACGACUAGCAGAUGCGAGGAGAAAGAAAAUAUGCUUUGAAUAACAAGCGUUCCCAAAAUCAAUUAACAUAAUCAAAGUUGAGGUAAAGAAGUUGAUAAUAUAUCAAACGAUUGAUGUUAAUUGAUAAGUUUUACUUUAUUUACUUCCUGUGUGUGUUUUGUGUUUUCUGUUUUGUACAUAUUUCUCAAUGAAUAUUAAUUAAGUGAUUCGGAUCUGUUCGUAAUACUUUGAAGAAUGUACAUUCAUAAGACAAAUUUGUAGAAUUUAUGAAACCUUAUGUUCACAGACGUGUAAAUACAUAUUCGUAUUCACUGCAGGACAGUAUUGACUCCUGCAUAUAAUUUACGGUGAACAACUUAAUAAAGUAUCCGAACUACU